UGCGUGUAUGUGAGUCAAUUUGCUUAUUUUACAAGUGAAAAAUCCUAGUUUUUUAGGUUAAUUGUUAGUUUUGCUUUUGAAUAUAUUGUUUUUUCCUUGCAAAUUUAUUUUAAAAAAGAAAGCUGAUAAUGAUUCGUUAAUAGUUUUUGUAGUAUAUGAAAAAGGCAUACUUUUUGAAGUUUUGCGUAGGGCACUCGCAGAUGUCGGACCGGCACUGAAUCAACAACAACAAAAACAACAAAAUAUGUCAAGAAUCUCACAGCAGAUCUCUUAAUUAAUCUAGGGUUCUUCUGAAUUCAAUGUAUUUUUUUCAUAGGAAAAUUGUGUCAGAAAAUAAUUGAUUCGCGUUACAAAAUAAAAGAAAAAAUGACGAAAUUAUUCAGUACUGGAAAUGAUGCGAUGAUGAAACGUUAUUAUGACUUUUUUUAGGGAGACUUUACGCAGAGGUAAAAACAGAGCAAGUAAUUUGCGAAUCAGUAAAUGUCUUUUUUUUGUCUCAAACAAUAGAAAAAACACGUAACUAAUGGCCCUCAAUUUUCCAAUAAUAACGAAAAAACCAUGUUGAUUUUUUGAUAUGCGCGUGACAGACGCUUUGACUUUUGAGAGAGAAUAAAAACGAACUGACAGACAUUAAAUGCUCAACAUGUGAAGUGACUCUUACCAAACUAACAAUAAUUGUUUGUUUCUCGAUUUAGAGCAAUUUUAACACGCUACAAACAUAUAUUACACGAUUUUAAUACUUAUACACAUGUAAACACAUACAUAGAGCGUUAAAAGUUAUUAUAGUGUUAAGCUAUUAGAUCUAUGUAUACAUGUAAAUAUAUACAUAUAUACACAUAUAUAUAAUAGAUAGUUAUUAACAUUUAUAUACAAGUAAACACGUAUAUAGAACGUUGUUAACAUUAAUGUAAGCACGUAUAUAGAACGUUAUUAACAAGUAAAAUACAUUUAUAUACAAGUAAAUACGUACAUAGAGCGUUAUUAACAUUAAAAUACAUGUAAGCACGUAUAUAGAACGUUAUUAACAUUUGUAUACAUAUAAACACGUAGAUAGAACGUUGUUAACAUUUGUGUACAUGCAUGCACGCUACAAAGCCACCUAUAUUCGUCUAGGAAGAAACAAAAAAAAAACUUCGUCGGUUUACUGAGCGCGUGAGGCUAAAUAUGGAAAGAGGAUGGGCUAAUGUUAGAAUUGUUUUAGACCCCGACAAGAUUUUAUCAAAAACUAAUUUCAUCCCAGAUCUCUACUUCUAAGCUAAUUAUCUCUUUUUUUAAUUAGGCCAAAUAAUUAUGGGCCUAGUCUAUUUACUUUUUCUAUUAUUGUCAACACGUAACAUCGAUAAUUGAUGAGGGAUUACUAUUUACGUCCAACAUUGUUUCCCGUUUGAACCACCUGAAACGCUAAGUGACCAGAGCUCUGUUUUGUUUCUAUUUUCAUGACUUUGUGUGUUGUGUUGUAUUGAAUGUUUCUCUCUCCCUCUCUCAUCAUCUAAUCUUGAAUCUCCAUUUCUUCUUCUUCUUCUCUCUCUUUUUCUCAUCUGUUUUAUAUCUCUCUUACACUUAAUCUUCUCACGGCCAUGGAAGAGAACUCAAGUCAAAACGAGCUAUUGGAUACAGUUCAGAAGUUUUUCAGAGUUUACAUACCAAAUCAAACCGCAGAUGACAUGAAUCUACCUUUGGUUUUGGACAAGAUCUCAGGGAAGCCUCUUCCUCGGAAGGUGACUGUUAAAAGCGUGUCUUCCGGGAACAUUUGGAGGAUGGAAAUGAAAGCAAACGGUGACACCGUGUUUCUCCGAGACGGGUGGAAGAGAAUCGUCAAGGACGAGAAUGUGACAGAGACAAUUUUCUUGGAGCUUGAGUUCGAUGGUUCUGGUGUAUUCCACUUUUGUGUGUAUGAGUAUGGUUCAAUGUGUAAAAGGAUGAGAUCUCCAAUGGAAAAAGAAGUGAUAAAAGUGGACAGUACUGAAGAAGAAAUUGAAGAAGAUGUGCUUGUGGAUGAUGAAGAGAGCACAAAAGGGCUUGAGGAGUCGCCAAGAAGAGGUGGUACAAGUAGAAGACGUGAGAAUUUGAAGACUGACAGUCAUAAGUUUUACGAACAUCUAGGCAACAAACUAAAUCCGUCGUUUCCGGUUGAUAUGACUCAGAGUAGAACGCGCAUACCGUCUUUACUUAUAAAGGACUACAACUUGACAUUUCCAAACAUGGUUAUCGUGCGUGACAAGAUUGGCAUAUUGAAGAGGAGAAUCGCGGUUUGGAAGAACAAAUCCGUGUAUCUAAAUGGAAUCAGUAGUAUCAUCCGAAGGAAUCAUGUGAAGCCAGGUGAUGAAAUGGUAUUCGAACUAAAGAUGGUCAAUGGUUAUCACGGUUUGGUUCACGAAAUCAAGGUCCACAUUAUCAAAGCCUGAUCAUAGUUUUACAUGUUGUUCUACUUCUAUCUUAGAGAAUGUUGAUUGAAAGGUUAAGGUUGUUUAUGUUGUUGUGUUGAUCAUGUUAGUUUUGUAUCUGUUUUGUAUGCCUUCUCUUUUGUUGUAAAACCUCUGGCCACAUAAAUGCAUUUGGAAGAGAAGUCAUCAUUGGCUUCAUGGUCGGUAUAGCUUCAGGGAAUCUGCAGAUACAAACAAGAGAAUGUAACUACAAGAAUGAUGCAGAUACAACAAGACUUAAGUAAAGAUUCAAGUGUACGUAGAAGAUUUCUGAUUUCUGUAGUCUCUGUGGAAAGAUUUCAAGAA